AUGACAACUCAAGAACUUCGCAGACAAGUCAUUCAAGUGUACAAGGAGUUACUCUACCUGGGCCGCGAAUACCCUCUGGGAUACGACUACUUCCGAACAAAACUGCAUGGCGCAUUCGCAGCGAAGAUGAACAUCACGGAUCCCAAGGAGAUUGAAGAGGGGAUCAAAAGGGCUGAGUUUGUGAAGAAGGAAGUGGAAGCAUUAUACUUCUUGAAGAAAUACCGAACACUCAAACAAAGAUAUCAAACUCGAUGA